AAGCCAGGGAGGGAAUGGCUGCUGAUACAGCGUCAGCAAAAGUUUUUACCAAGUGCCAGCUUGUUGUUGCAGAUAAACGGACCUAUGUGUGAAACCUUUUGCUACCUUUAACCACGAGAAUGGCCUUGAAGACUGUAGGUGUAGCUUUAACCCGUGUGUUACUGGUUAAAGGAAACGGGUGUCCUCCUCUUGCCACAACUUGCCAAGUGAACAAACUGUCCUCCAGAUGUGAGGUGACCACGAGUGGAGGGCAAGGCCACGAAAACGGCCAGGGUUGUCGACCGACGCCACACAAGGCGAGCAGAAACACGACUGUACCCGGGGAGCCUUCUUCGCUAGCAGCGCACACAUCCACCACUGGCAGUAAGAAGAGACCGCAGGAGCCCCUGGGUGCCACUGGUGUGACUGGGCGGCCGUACUCAUCCACCGCCGUCCAAGUGGACCAGAAGACCCACCUGUGGGCUCGGUACAAUGAGAUGAAACGUCUGGUUCACGAGCUGAUCCCUCCGGGUGCCUGCAACCUCCUCAACUCCUCCACCAUCUAUGCCAACAACGAGGUCAGCCUGGCCGAGGUGGACAUCUAUGGCUUUGACUACGACUACACACUGGCCCUCUAUUCUAACACACUCAACACAAUGAUCUACAAUACGGCAAGGACGUUCCUCACUGAGCACUUCAAGUAUCCUGAAGCUAUUCACAAAUAUGACUACAUUCCCAAUUUUGCUGCUCGGGGUCUUCACUAUGACAUCCAAAAGGGUCUUCUGAUGAAGAUAGAUGCGUUCCAUUACAUUCAGCCAGGAACUGUUUAUCGGGGCCUGAGUCCAGUGCCAGACGACGAGGUCCUUCAGCUCUACGGGGGGACUCACCAUGUCCCUCUGCAGCAGGACAGCGGCUUCUAUGGAAAGGGACCAAAGGUGAAGCAGUUCAUGGAUAUCUUCUCCCUUCCAGAGAUGACCCUUUUGGCUGUAGCUAAUGAUUUCUUUAUCUCUAAUGACAUUGAAUACGAUCCAGUUCACCUCUACAAAGAUGUCUCGGAUGCGGUUAGUAUGGUUCACAUCAAAGGCUGCAUGUACAAAUGGAUCAUGGAAGAUAUGGAGAAGCUCAUUCUGAGAGGAGAGGAGACCUAUGCUGUAUUGCAUCAACUGGUCAGUCAGGGGAAGAAAUUAUUCCUCAUUACCAACAGCCCCUUCAACUUUGUGGAUAAAGGGAUGAAAUUCAUGGUGGGAAAAAAUUGGAGGGACUUCUUCGAUGUGGUCAUCGUACAGGCAGACAAACCUCACUUCUUCACUGACUGUGUCAAACCUUUCAGACGGUUGGAUGAAAAUGGCGACCUUCUGUGGGAGAAGAUAAACAGUUUGGAGAAAGGACAUAUCUACAAGCAGGGGAACCUGUUUGAAUUCCUGAGACUGACUGGCUGGAGAGGAUCCAGGGUCCUGUACUUUGGCGAUCAUCUUUAUAGUGACUUAGCCGACUUGAUGUUGCGACAUGGCUGGCGCACAGCAGCCAUAGUGCCUGAGCUGGAGCAGGAAACCAAAGUGGUUAGCACAGAGCAGUAUGCCCUGACUCUCACCUGGCUACAGGCUCUUACAGGCCUGCUGGAACGCCUGCAGAUGCAUCGAGACACAGAGUCAAAACAGGUUUUGCAGGAGUGGCUUAAGGAGCGAGAGGAGCUCCGGCUGAUGACAAAGAACCUGUUCAACCCUCAGUUUGGUAGCAUCUUCAGAACAUGUCACAACCCCACCUACUUCUCCAGACGCCUGUGUCGCUUCUCAGAUAUCUACAUGGCCUCCCUCAGCUGUCUCCUGAACUAUGACCUCUCGUACACUUUUUACCCUCGCCGCACCCCUCUGCAGCACGAGGCGCCUCUCUGGAUGGAUCAGCUCUGCACCGGCUGCAUGAAGACCCCUUUUCUUGAGGAGAUGUCCCAUAUACGAUGAGAGCAACCAUUGCACUCUUCUCAUGGACUUAUUAGGACUUUAUAUAUUAGGCCAGGCGAACACUUUAGGUUGCUCAGUGAGUGAGCAAUGUUUCCUCUGUAUUCAUUUAGGAGUGCUGCGCUCACUACAGCCAGGAAAUUAACCACCAUGCUUCGACCUAUAUACCCUGUGAAUUCACUAGAGGGCGCUGUAGCUUUAAUGCAGUUCUAGAGUUCUCACCCGAUCACCUCAUAGCAUUAGAUUAUAAGACAUCUCUCAGCUCUAAAAAGUCCAUGCACACAUACUGUAGGCUACACAGAUGAGCUGGAAACGCACAAUAAAACCUAGCAUAUCCUCAGUGUUGUUGAUGCCUGUUACCGACCCUCCUGUAUGCUUGAGAUGUUCAUGUUGUAAUGAUGAGCAACGCAUCAAAUUAAACAUGUUAACAUGACUGAAAAUGGA